AUGGCGCUGCGCCGGCCCGCCAGGCGGGGUGGCCUAAAAACAGCGGCUGUGACACUUGCGAUCGUUCUGGUUCUGGGAUGCAUCGCGCUUUUGUAUUCAGCGAGCGACAGCGCGCACACAGACGCGCCGCGCAAGGUAAGAGCAGCGUCAGCGUCAGCAAGCAACGCCUUCUGGUAUUUUCAUGUGCCUGGGAGAUGUGCGGGCAUGGGGGCCCAUGCCCCUUCUCAAAGGCUUGGUACACUUGACGAGGCGACGGACCUGGCUGAGAAGCAGGAGCAGCAGCAGCAGCACCGGCAGCAGGCACGCACUGCCGCAAAAGGCCGGCGCUGGGGGGCAGCCAACCCUGGCCAGCUCAAGGGAGCGGUGCCAGAGGCGAUCAAGCAGCGGUGCGCAUUGACGCUGGGCACCUGGUGUGUGGACUACCUCACCCAGAAGGGCGUGCCGGCGGUAACGGCGCCGCGUGGCAGCAAGACCUGCAGCAUGAACUGUAACAAGGCGAGUGGCAUCUCUGUUGCAAGGGAAUCCAGGUCAGGCUGGCGUGGCUUCAACUGCAUCCACCCGGCGAAGCGCUUCUGCACGCACACAUACCGGCAGUGGGGGUUUGAGCCGCAGCGCAUGCCUCCCAACCUGCCCAACACGGGAGCAGAUCCCAACUCCAUGCCCUACUCCCGAUGUGCAGCGGGGUACUGCGACGAGACUGUGGCCGCGUGCUACUGCCCCUCCAACACCACCUACGGUCGGGUACCUGCUCCGGAGGAUGCGCCCAUGGACGCCCCGCCGCAGCGGCACGGCCGGCCGCUGCAUGCGGAUUGCCAGCCGAACAACUUUCUGGGAGGCACUCGUGAGCCGGAUGAAAUCUUCGGGCCCGAGGGGUGGUGCAUGUCUGCACAGCCCAAGAUCCAGUGCGGCUGCAAUGCGCCUGACUGGACAUACGCUUUCGAGCCUGGGUUCCUGGAAAUGCUGAUGCAGAGCGAGCACCGCACGCUGGACGCCGAGGAGGCGGACUUCUUCUACGUGCCUGUCUUCACCAGCUGCUUCAUCUGGCCCGUGCGGGACGGCGCCGACAGCCUGUACGACUUCUUUUAUUCUGUCGGGCACAAUCGGGUGCAGGGCGCCACCAACAUGCUGCUGGAGGCCUUUCACUGGAUACAGUCGCACCAGCCCUGGUGGGAGCGGCGUGGCGGUCGGGACCACAUCUGGCUGGUCACGCACGACGAGGGCAGCUGCUGGGUGCCCGCCGCCAUCCGCCCCAGCAUCAUCUUGAGCCACUGGGGACGCACAGACCUGAACCACUCCAGCCUCUCUGGCUACCAUUACAUGGACAGCUACAGCUUGGACAACCAUCAUGCGCAGGCAUCACAUGUGCAUUGCAGUUUGAGCCGGAGGGUUACCUUCAGAAGCUGGGGACAUUCCCAUGCUUCGACCCAACUAAGGUGAGCGAGCGACCGCCACCAAGGGCGCCAUGCACUUGUGCCUCUCUUUCCCCUCCCCAGAGCUGCUGUCUGUUGUUGCGCCGCGCUUGGCGUGGACUAACAGGCGGCAAUGCCACCUGCCCCACAUUGAAGCAACGAAUCGCUGCCCAACCAACCACGGCGGCUCCAUGCAGGACCUGGUUGUCCCCCCUCUGAAGAAGCCUGAUCACUGGCGCAACUCUCCACUGCUGGGCGCACCCACCCGCGAGCGCAUCUGGCUGGCCUUCCACAGGGGCCGGGUGAGCACCCAGUCGGUCGGAGAUUUAUAGUGCACGCCUGCAACAACGCCAGCUUCUGGCAGGUUGCCCUGCUUUGCGCAGCGCAGCUUGUGGGAGGCCUGCUGCUGAAGCAGGGCCAGGACGUUCACCAUGCUGCCUGGCCCGGUUUGAGCCUGCAGGUGCAGCACCAUCUGCCGCGCUUCUCACGCGGCAGCCGGCAGCGCGUGGACAACGUGUCAAGGGAGC